AUGCUUCAAAAGAUCAUUCUUCUGGAUCUAAACAAAGAGCUCUGCUCCUUGUGGCAAAAAGAAAUCCAGAGAAUUUCCAAUUUACACCCCAACAAUGGCAUACCGUUUCAGGUUUUCAAUGGAACGUUCGAUCAACUUCGGCUGGACUCCCCCACUACAAUAGUUUCCCCAGGCAAUUCGUUUGCGAGUUUCGGCGGAGGUAUCGAUGUAGCAAUACGAGAAUUGCUGCAAACAGACCCUGGAUCCCUGGAGCCAUCCUUUGAAGAAUGCGUCGCCGGAGCAUUGAUCAAGUGCAACGGCUAUAUACCGGUACAACAUCUAAACAACAUCACCUUUUCCCAUGCCACCCGAGGAUGGCGCCAAUUGCAAUGUGAUACGGUGGUACACAUACCUACUAUGCGCGUGCCUCGUCAUGUCUACGAUGGGAACGAAGUUCACUGGAAACGAUUCAUAUUUGAUAUUGUCUGGAAGGCACUAAACGAAGUGAAAACUCCCAACGUUAUCUUUCCCGGUUUGGCAACCGGCUUCGGAGGAUUGCCAGUAGAUCUGGUGGCAGAGAGCAUGAUCUCCAGCAUGGUUCUACACCAACAUCAAGGCUGGAAUAUGAGAGACCGAGGAGUGCAUGUGUUGAAAUAUUUGGCAGAAGACCCGUCUUUUCUGGAACUAUAG